UGAUUCAUAACAGAGAAAAGCAAGAUGCCGAAAAAUUUUUUAAAGAAAUUUUAUCAGAUGUUACUGAAGGAAAAAAAUUGAAACGUAUUGGAAUAUUUAUAAAAGAUAAACCAGUUGGGGACUUUGUUGAUAAUUGGAAAUCAAUUUAUAGCAAUUUCAAGAAUAAAGAUAUAGAAGAAGUUGAUAUUACCUUGGGAAUCCAAGAAAUUUUAUCAAUAAAAGAUGAAGAAGAAUUGAAAACAAUGCGUAUGGCAGGAAAACUUAGUUCUGCAAUUAUGUAUCGUGUAGUAAACCAAAUUUCUAAUAUUGUUGAUGAAGAAAAAAAAAUCACUCAUAAACAAUUGUCAGAUGAUGUAGAAGCAAUAUUAUAUAAUCGGAAAAAAGAUAAAUGGCUUUCAAAUCAAAAAAUAUUCCAAGAUGUGAACUUUGAUUUAACUGAAAUGUGUUACUCUCCAAAUGUUCAAAGUGGUGGUUUAUAUGAUUUUAAAAUUUCAUCUCCACCUGAUAAAAGAGAAUUACAUGGUGAUAUUGUUUUAUGUUCAUUAGGUGUUCGUUAUAAAGGAUAUUGUUCAAACAUUGGCAGAACGAUAUUAUUUGAUCCUGUAAAGGUUAAAUUACAAAGUCUUAUUAUGGAGUGGUGUAGAGAUGGAGUUAGAUUUCGUGAUGUGUACAAUAAAGCACAAAAUCACAUAAAGACCAAACGACCUGAACUUUUAGAAAAUUUUGUUAAAACUCUUGGUCAUGGGAUUGGCAUAGAGUUUCAUGAAUCAGCAUUUUUAUUAAGUCCAAACAGUGAUAAAGUCCUAAAGAAUGGAAUGGUUUUAAAUCUAUUUGUUGGGCUUCAAAAUAUAAAAAAUCUUAAAGCAAAAGAUGAUCAAACGAAAAAUUAUUCAUUGUGGAUUAUUGAUACAAUCAAAAUUUCAAAUGGUACAUGCCAUUACAUGACAGAUGGAAAUAGAAAAAGUGACAGUACCACAUUCUUUAUUAAUGAUGAAGAAGAAGAGAAUAAAAAAGAUGAUAAAAAAGGCAAAAAGCCAGCCAGUCGUCCUCAAAUUACUGACCAAAACAGGCCUAGCACAAGGAAUAGUGCGAUACUUAAAUCUAAAUUUAGAAGCGGGGACAAAGGUGAAGAUGAUAGUGCCAAGCGAAAAGAGCAUCAAGCUGAGCUGGGAAGACAAAAGCAAGUUGAUGGCUUAGCUCGCUAUGCUGAAGGGUUAGAUCAAACUACAGAUCAAAAAGAAGUAGUAUUGAAAACAUUUGAAAGCUAUAGACGUGACACAGCAAUCCCCAAAGAAAUUUAUGUUGAUCAGCGAAAUGAAACUGUCAUUAUCCCAAUAUUUGGUUAUGCAGUUCCUUUUCAUAUUGCCACAAUAAAAAAUGUCCAUAAAUCAGAAGAGGGUGACUACACAUAUUUACGUGUAAACUUUUUGACACCGGGACAAGCUACUGGAAAAAAAGAAGAUAUGCCAUUUGAUGAUCCAACUAUCAGUUACAUUCGUUCAUUAACAUUCAGAAGCACAGAUGAUUAUAUGGGUGAAGUAUAUAAAAAAAUAGUUGACCUCAAGAAAAAUUCUGCCAAAAAAGAAGCAGAACAAAAAGAAAUGGCAGACUUAAUUGUGCAAGAUAAAUUGGUAGAAGUUAAAGGGCGAAGACCAACUCAUAGACUAUCUGAGGUAUUUGUAAGGCCAGAAUUGGAAGGCAAAAAAGUAACUGGUGACUUGGAUAUUCAUGAAAAUGGCAUUCGUUAUACAUCACGUCGUUCAAACCAGAAAAUAGAUGUGCUAUUUAGCAAUAUUAAACAUCUAUUCUUUCAACCUUGUGACAAUGAAUUAAUUGUAAUAUUGCACAUACAUUUAAACAAUCCAAUUAUCUUUGGAAAGAAAAAGGCUAAAGAUAUUCAGUUUUUCCGUGAAGCAUCUGACAUUCAAUUUGAUGAAACUGGUAAUCGUAAAAGGAGAACCAAAUACGGUGAUGAAGAUGAGAUUGGUGCAGAACAAGAGGAAAAUAAAAGACGCUUUUUGUUGAAUAAAGAUUUUAAAAGUUUUGCCAAUAAAAUUGCAGAGUCCAGUGAUGGGAAAGUGUAUGUUGAUGUUCCUUUUAGAGAUAUUGGUUUCUCUGGUGUCCCAUUUAAAACCAAUGUAUUAUUACAACCAACAACUGAUUGUCUUGUUCAUUUAGUGGAUUUACCUUUUUUGAUUAUAACAAUGGCUGACGUGGAAGUAGUAAAUUUAGAAAGAAUACAAUAUGGUUUAAAAAAUUUCGAUAUGGUUUUAAUUUUUAAAGAUUACUCACGUCCACCAAUACAUAUCAAUACCAUUCCAAUGAGUCAAUUAGAAGGUGUAAAAGAAUGGUUAGAUUCAAUAGAUAUAUUAUUUUACGAAGGAACACUUAAUUUAAACUGGGCACAAAUAAUGAGAAAUAUUAACAAAGAUCCAGCAGGAUUUUAUAAUAAUGGUGGCUGGUCAUUCUUGGAUAUGGAUGAAAAGGAUGGUGAUUCUGAUGCACCAUCAGACUCUGCAAGUGAAUUUGAGCCAACAGAGAGUGAGGAAGAGGAUUUCGAAAGUAGUAGCGAUUAUGAAGAUGAAGCAGAAGAAUCCGUUAAUAGCGAGUCAGAAGGAGAAAGUGAUGAUGACGAAUCUAUAGUAGAUUGGGAUGAAUCUGAAGAAAAAGAUGAUGAAAGAAAACAUGUCGGUGAUGGUGUCAAACGUAGUAAUUCAAGUGAAGUUCGUACAAAUACAAACACAAAUAUAAAUAAAAAAGUUCGUCGACGUUAA